AUGUUGUUAGCGUCUUUUCUUCUUCUUCUUCUUCUUCUUCUUCUUCUUCUUCUUCUUCUUCUUCUUCUUCUUCUUCUUCUUCUUCUUCUUCUUCUUCUUCUUCUUCUUUCGAUGCUGCUAAGGACGCAAAAGCUAGUUUUUCUUACCCUACGUCUUAUUCAAGAAUCCAAAUUCUUCAGGAUAACUGAUAUACUUCUAUACAUAUAUAUUGCUUUUGCUAAUUGCUCGUUUUUUUUUUUGGUCUAUUAUUGCUGUAGGUAAACCCUUCGCUGUGUAGGAUUACCUUAAACUCUAACUUAAAAUAAACAGAAAUAAAUCGCUUUUGUUAAUAGUAAUUGUUAACCUAUCUAUUUUAUUUUAAUAAACAUCCUUUUUCCUCUCUUCUUCUUUCCCCCCAAAUGUUCCCCAUUUCUCUUUUUUCUUUAUACACAAACAACUAA